AUGAUAAUCUUGGAAGAUUUUUUACAAUUUGAAGAUGCAUUAAUGGAUUCCCAAAUCAAAAGAGAAUCAUUGACAGCAUUAUUCAGAAUUUUAAUAGCUGGCGAUACAACCGUAAAAGACAGUAUCGCUAAAUGUCUAGGGUCAGUGAUAGUUAAAGCAAUUGAACUGGAAUAUUCGGGAACCGGAAAAGUGAUUAACGGUCGAGGAAAAAGAAAUUUUAGUGCAACAAAUACAUAUGUGUGUUUAAGAGAAGCUUUGAUCGAAAUACAUAACACCCUCGACAUAAAAAGAUUACCAGGCCAGGUGGGCAUGUGGCUGUCUCGAGCUGGUGAUAGAGAAGGCGGCCGAAAAAAGUGA